AUGGCCGUCAUCCACAUCCAACUCCAACAACAAGGCCCGCCGGAGUCCCCCGCCAUACACGAACAUGGCAUACAAGAUGCCCUCAACUUCAUUCCGAAUCGUCUUUCACCCGACGAUGCGCUAAACAAGACAGACACACUUGACGACCUCUCUCAGACACUUAUACUGACAAAAUUCGACUCAUACCUGGGACUCGACGGGCUCCCGUACGAAUUCUGGAAGCACUUCCACAACCGAACGAAGCAAAUGCUCAAAGAACGAGCACCAUACACCGACCCCCUUUUUCUCCUGGAAACCGCCUUCCGAGAUAUCGAGCGACACGGCUACUGCGCCUCUGCCAACCUGAAUGAGAGCCUCCUAUGCCCGAUACACAAGAAGGUCCCCCUAGACCUUUCCCCAAACUACCGUCCGAUCACCCUCCUCAACACGGGCUACAAACUCUACACAAAAUAA